UUUUGCCGCCUCUGAUCCCUAGGUCACUCUUGCUAAAAAAUCCAAACGAAGUGAUACAAAACUCACCUGGAAUUCUUGACUUAAGUGCUGUUAAAAGGCGAAGUUGUGAUAGAAAGCAGUAGCGCAGCUAGUGCAGUGUUUCCCCCGCUCAGCGAUCGCCUAAAUGGUCACCAUGGAGAACAGCGACGAGAUCCUGCAGAUUCUGGAGCGCUUCACGCGCCUGAAGCAAAAGGAGAUACCGAAGGAACUGGAGGACUAUUUGCAGUAUGUGGCCAAAACCGGCGAUACCAUCUUUAAAUGGUCCAGCCUGAAGUAUCUGUUCCGCGAGAAGCUGCUCAACGUGAUCAAGCACUUCAACGAGGAUUCGCCGCGUCUCGAGGAGAUUCCCAACUAUCCAAAUGUGGACCCUUUCAACUACGAGACCAUGAAGUCAUCGCUGCUCGAGCGCCUGGACCUCUUCAACGCAGCUCCCUUCACCGUGCAGCGUUUGUGCGAGCUGCUGAUCGAUCCCCGCAAGCAGUACUCGCGCAUCGACAAGUUCAUGCGUGCCUUGGAGAAGAACAUUCUGGUGGUCAGCACCAUAGAUCCGGGACGCAAGCGAACCGAGAGCGAGAACGGCGACUCCCUGGACUCCGUGGUCAACGGCGACCUCUCCCUGGAGGUCAACAUCGACAUCGAGAUGGAGAACGAGGCCCUGUUCAACAAUGGCAACGCUGAGGAGGGCUCUGCCCCCAGUUCUGGCUCGGCCGGCGGUGCCCAGAAGGCCAGCUGCCCGCGUUCGGACGACAAUGUGCUGCCCAAGGCCAAGAAGGCCAAGCUGGAGAUCGAGGGCGACGAGCGCUCGGAGGCGGCCGAUGAGGUGCCCGCCGAGCCGGAUGCGGAUGCGGAUGCGAAUGCGGAUGUGGCCGCCAAGGCCAAAAAGGAGAAGGAGAAGGAGGAGAAGAGUGAUAACGAUGAGACUGAUUCCCCAAAAGAGGCUGCCGAGAUCGAGGAGCCCGACGAGGAGGUGGAUGAGGCUGACCCAGAGGCCAAGACAACCACCAAGCAGGCUGUUAACGGCAGCAAGAAGUCAAGCGGCCAGGAGGAGAGUUCCCCAGCAUCGGCCGAUGAAGAGGUCGAGGAUCCGCUGCAAAGUAAAUCCCUCGAAGCCGUGAAAGAAGUAGCUCCCAAGGAGAAAGAUCAGGAGGAGGAGAAUAAGGCGGGUGACAAAAAGGAGGCGGCCGAGCCGCAGGAAGAGAUCGCAAAGAACCAGGAGGCCGAGAAGGCCGAAAAGCCGGAAAAGGCGGAACAGCAGACCGACGAGAAACCGGCUAGCGAUAAAGCCACACCACCACCCGCCGAGGUCGAAAAGGAAGAGGAGCCUGCCAAAGCCGAGGCAGAAAAGGAGAAGGAGAAAGAGAAGCAGGAGGAGAAAGAGGAGGAGGAAAAAUCUGCUCCAGUUGCAGCGGAGAAGCAGGCAGAGAAGGAAGCUGCCGAGACUGAUGAGCCUGCACCAGCAGAGAAGCCCACUGAGGAGAAGGCAGCUCCCGCCGAAUCGAAACCGAAGACCAAGUCUGAGGCCAAGCCAGAGGCCGCCGAGACCAAGGAGAGCCAACCCGAAAAGACUGAAUCUGAGCCGGCCAAGAAGUCGCUGCCGGAGGAGAAGGAGCCGGCCGACGAGCCGACAGGAGAGGCCGAAAAGAACAAGAAGAAGGAGGACGAGACUGUCGCUGCCGAGGCUGCCGCUGCUGCUGAGGCAGUCAAGCAGCCAGUCAAGGAGCCAGUCGAGGAGUCGCAGGAUGGCGAAGCAUCCAGCCCCGCCGUCGAAGACCUGGCCGCCGCCACCACACCACAAUCUCCAUUGGGAGCCGCCGAUUCGGCUGCCGAGACGCCGCCCGCCGAGGCAGCUGCCGAUGACUCGCAGGCUUCGCCCUUGGCCGCCGUCACUCCGCCGACUUUGGCCCUCAACGACCAGCCCAUGGAGGACACCCCGGCCGAGGAGGAGGCACGCGCCUCGCCAUCCGCCGCCGUCGAGGAGGUGGUCAUGGCCGAAAGCGGAUCCGCCGCCGAAAUGGCCACCGAUGAGGCCGCCGCCGCCAAGGACGAACCGGCCGCCAUGGAGGUCGACGACACCAGCCAGGAGGUGAUGGACCAGUAAACUGGGCUCACCCAAGCGCCGAAUACAACUACAUUCAACUACUACUCCAUAUAACUAGAAUUGUAAGACAAGCGCCCCCCAUUCCGCACGUAAUGCAGAUGUAAACCUGCCCCCGUAAAGCAGGCGGCGUGGCAGCUGCCUCCAUUUUGUGGCCGUAAGUCGCAGGCCGGACAAGCUCAAGCACUAGAAUCUGUUGAAUGUUCCGUGAUCCUCCGUCAUCUGUGACCCUUCCGUUGGCCGCCCUCUCUAGUUUUGUUUUAUAUAUUUAUAUUUUAUUGACAACUCCCUGCCGAGUGAGAAGUCCAAGUAUCUCUGCCCCCGCCGCUGUUCUCCGAUUUUUUUUUUUUUAACAACCCCGAUAGUGGACGCUGUCCAUGGCGCGAACUUCGGCCAGAUGUGAGCGAUUAAACACACAAUAAACACUAUCCAUACACUUA